AGCCCUGCAGAGAGAAAAACAGAGAGAAUUAGAGAAGCAGGAGCUUUGGCAGAUUGUAUUUAGCUUUGGUGCAAUUUCUAUUCUUCUUGAGAAGGACCAAAUGGGUGUCAAUCCUCAGGACGCGAUCAAGAAGCUCAAAGUUCUGAUGGAUCAAGUUGAUCACUCAACGAGGAAAUCCUUUCAGAAUGUUCAUCAAGGAUUCUUAAUAGAAACGCUGGACCGUUUCCUAAGGGCACGAGACUACGACGUUGGCAAGGCUCAUAAAAUGCUGGUUGACUGUUUAAAAUGGAGGGUGGAAAACCAGAUUGACAAGAUAUUAAGGGUAAGUGUUUCAACGGCUCGUUUACUGCGCUGGCUCCCAAUUCUUUUCUUGACAGCAUUUUAUUGUCUGCAGAAGCCAAUAUUUCCUGCUGAUGUCUAUAGAUCAGUGAGAGAUUCACAGCUCGUAGGACUUUCGGGCUACUCAAAAGAGGGCCUUCCCAUAUUUGCCAUUGGUGUUGGGCUCAGCACAUUAGACAAAGAACAUGUGCAUGAUUAUGUGCAGUCGCACAUACAAAUCAAUGAGUAUCGAGAUCGUGUUAUUCUGCCUUCUGCAUCAAAAAAGUAUGGAAGGCCCAUCACUAGUUGCGUGAAGAUUUUAGAUAUGACUGGUCUGAAGCUUUCGGCACUUGGCCACAUAAAGUUCCUGACAAUUUUAUCAACCAUUGAUGAUCUGAACUACCCAGAGAGAACAACUGCUUACUACAUUGUAAAUGUACCUUACGUCUUUUCGUCCUGUUGGAAGGUUGUCAAGCCUCUCUUACAUGAAAGGACAAGGAAAAAGGUUCAAGUGUUGCCAGGCUGCGGGAGAGAUGAGCUGUUGAAGAUAAUGGAUUAUACCUCUCUUCCACAUUUCUGUAAAAGAGGGAGCUCAUUGUCCUCCCGGUCAUCGGCUCAUCAAGGAGGCAAUAAUUGCUAUUCCUCGGACCACUUUUUUCAUCAACAGCUAUACAGCUACAUCAAGCAACAAUCCAUGAUCAAUGAACCUACUGAGCCAAUUAGAAAAGGAUCUUUUCAUGUAACCCUUCAGGCAUCAGCAUCAAAAAGCAAAGGAGCAGCUAAAACUGUUGAAUCUGAGUUUCGGAAGUAUGAGAAUGGGAUUUCUGAUACACUGAUUGAACUGGAAAUAAUGUAGUGAUUGAAGCAAAGGCAAAUUUUGAGAUGAAUUUCUUUCAUUGAUGGUGCAUAUUCCUUCAUUGAGGAGAUGGAAAGGAAAAUCUGGCUUUACUGAUUCCAACACUAAUAGUAGCCAUAUGGGCAGUCCCAGUUCCGUAAUGGCAACAUCCACCUCUAAAGCAAUGGAGAGUCAUAUCCAAGAUGUAUCUUGAGACGUGCCUGGUUGAUAUAUAAAGUUCGCUUCUUAAUAUAUAGCCUUUUCACGGCUAAUUUUUAAUUAUCA